UAUUUAGAAAGCGAAAUGACCAAAAUGGGUCUGGCGCAGAAGUUCGCCGCACGAAUGACCACCGCCCAUUUUAUUUCACCAGUUGCCGCAUCGCCACUGUCAACAACCGCCACGGCCACCGCACAUCGGAGCUCCGCCCCCACCGCCUUUUAUACCUUCACUCGACUCUUAUCCUCCGCCAUGAGCGCCUCCAGGACCGUCGCCACGACUCCUCUAGACACGCUGUUCAAGCAGAAAAAGGCUCUCCGCUCCAAAGUCAGAAAAGAGCUCAAGUCAAUGGACCCCGCCCUUAGAUCUCAAGAAGACGACGCAAUUCAGAGCAUUGUAUUGAAUGCUCCAUGGUUCAAGUCCUGUAGAAGUCUCUGUGCUUACAUCAGCUGCGCCGCGUUGAGAGAAGUGGAUACAUCGAAAAUUCUAUCUGAAAUUUUGAAGAACACAUCCACAGAUGAUGGUUCACAGGUUCGAAAAAAGGUUUAUGUUCCUAGAGUGGAAGACAAGAACAGUUUCAUGCGGAUGCUGCACAUUUCGAAGAUGGAUGAUUUGAUUGCGAAUUCCAUGGAUAUAUUGGAACCUGCAUCAUGUGAUGCUGAAGGAAACGAACGCGAAGAUGUCAUGUUUGCAGGUGAACCUGUUGACUUGUUCCUUUUACCUGGUCUUGCUUUUGACAAAUUCGGGAGGCGCCUGGGCCGUGGUGGAGGCUAUUACGAUGCAUUCCUCACAAAAUACCAAGAGCUUACAAAGGCGCGCACGUGGAAGAAGCCUUUAUUUGUUGCUCUUUCUUACUCGUGCCAAAUUCUAGAAGACGGCGUUAUACCAAUUACUCCGAACGAUAUCCCCAUCGAUGCACUUGUAACAUCCUCUGGUGUCAUCCCCAUUAGCCCAGCUGCCGAUGAGAAAUGCAUCUCUGAAUAAACUUGCGAAAUGUUUGUAAGGUACGCAUCUUCGAAUUCAUUUAUUUUUCUAUCAUGUCAAUUCAUGUUUGUUUCUUUAACCAUUGUGAGUCGAGAGUCGUCGUAGUUCGUUCUGUGUGUGUGUGUGUUUUUUCUAUUUAAGCUAUGCUAUGGUAUGCUGUGAUAUUAGCCAAUUCGGAUUUGGGUCUUUAAUCGUUUUACUUGGCUUUCCAUAAUCUAUAGAACAUGUUUUGUUGUGUUUGUGUGUUUUGGGACAUUGGUUUCCUUUUUUAUGUUUGGAUUUGGAGCUUUUAGUAUGAAAAUAGGAGUAUUUGGUCAAUA